GCUAACUUCUCAUAUGCUUUUACCCCUGCAGAAAAGACAAAGAGUCAUUUGGAUGCACCUUUGGAAGAGAAUAUCAACCGCAUUAUUCCCGAAGAAGGCAGCGUGGAGGCCAGGACCAUAGAAGAUGCCAUCGCAGUGCUCAGCGUUGCAGAUCAGCUCGACCGGCACCCUGAGCGGAGGAUGAAAGCGGCCUUUACUGCCUUCGAGGAAGUGAACAUGCCUCGGCUCAAACAGGAAAAUCCCAACAUGCGCCUGUCCCAACUUAAGCAACUGCUCAAGAAAGAAUGGAUGAAGUCUCCGGAUAACCCCAUGAAUCAGAGACACUUGGCUUACAACACACCCAAAUAAAUGAAGUGGAUGGGGUUGUCAUCGUUUUCCGCUCGUGAUCCUGGCGAGUGCCCUCUUUGUUUCAGAUCAGGAAAUUUCUGACGAAGAAACGGAUGAAGAAAAUGUAGAGAAAUAUUUCAAUGCUUAAAGGAGAGACCGCCCAGUAAAUAUCCUGCUAACACGACCCGUGUCUACUGACUAGACUUUUUUAUUUUUUUUUUCCCCCUCUCCCUUACUUAUCCUACCCAUCAAACCGGAGAUUAUACGGUUCAUUUCAUAAAUAAAAGCCUUUUGACUUCUGACAUACCCACAGAGGAAAUGGAGAUUUUUUUUUUCUUCUUCUUUUUGCACUUCAUUACGCAUCACCUGUGCGGUCAACUAUAUAAAAAGACAAUUUUCAGGCAAGGAGUUCUUAAAGCCGGUGACAGUCGACGCUUUUGACAUGAAAUGGCAGUGUGUUUAAUUUGGCUGCUUUCUCCUUCUGGUAAAUUCAUGUCAACGCGGAUCAUCUUUUCAUCCCUGUACUUUCGUGAAGAUGAUAAGCAUGAGUAUUGCAUUGUAAGGAAGGGACGGCCGCUCCUGCCUCACUUCUUCUGCACUUAUCCGGUAGAAUUUUAGUCCAUUUGCUUGCGAGGGGGUGGUAGCCUUGACCCUCAACCUUUGUAGCCACAUCAAAGCCACUUGGUGCUCAGAGACUGUUGGGUUCUCGAUUUACAGAAGUAACCCAAGCCAAACCGUUUCAUAUUUUUAUACCUUUUUUUCACCUCUGAAUAGCCAUUUCUUCAUUUAUUUAUUUCUCGCCAGUCAUUAGUGGUUUACAUUCAUCAGACAGUGGCUCUGUACUGAUAUCCAAUAUGGCAAAUGGACUGGAAUGUUUUCCCCUUUUGUGUGUGUCUAGUGUUACUGUCUUUUGUCCUGUUUUUAUUGCCAUUAGAUAACCAGAUGAUGACUGUGGUGCAGUGUUGUAGGGUUGCCAACCAGCAUCAUACAGUAAGUACUACUUAUCCUUUAGUAGCCUGUAUUUAGAUUUUUAUAUCGGAAUAUUUCUGUUCACAUUAAUAUUGGAUAUUGUUACAAAAAAAAAAAA